AUGUUAAAGAGACUUUUUUCUUGUUUUUUCUUUUUUCUUUUUUUCUUUGUUCUUCUUUUUUUUCUUUGUUCUUCUUUUUUUUUCUUUGUUUUUCUUUUUUUUUUUUUUGUUUUUCUUCUUUUUUUCUUUGUUUUUUCUUUUUUCUUCUUUUUUUCUUUUUUCUUUCUUUUUUCUUUCUUUUUUCUUCUUUUUUUCUUUUUUCUUCUUUUUUUCUUUUUUCUUUCUUUUUUUCUUUUUUCUUUCUUUUUUUUCUUUUUUUCUUUUUUUUUCUUUUUUUUUCUUUUUUUUUUUUUUUCUUUUUUUUUUUUCUUUCUUUUUUCUUUCUUUUUCUUUCUUUUUUCUUUCUUUUCUUUCUCUUUUCUUUCUUUUUCUUUCUUUUCUUUUUCUUUCUUUUUCUUUUUUUUUUUUUUUUUUUUUUCUUUUUUUCUUUUUUUUUUUUUUUUCUUUUUUUCUUUUUCUUCUUUUUUCUUUUCUUUCUUUUUUUUUUUUCUUUUUUUUUUUUUCUUUCUUUUUUCUUCUUUUUUUUUCUUUUCUUUCUUUUUUCUUCUUUUUUUUCUUUUCUUUCUUUUUUCUUCUUUUUUUUCUUUUCUUUCUUUUUUCUUCUUUUUUUUCUUUUUUCUUUUUCCUUUUUUUAAUGUUUCCUUUCAACACUGUUUCUUAUAUUUGACUGGUGAAUCCUGUUGGUGGACAAUUCAUCCUGCCUCGAAACAAAGAUCAGAGGGUGAGAAAGUCCGAGUGGGUGAUGAUCUCAUUCUUGUCAGUGUCUCUUCUGAAAGAUACUUGCAUAUUGGCUAUGGCGUAAGUGUCAUAGCUUCCUUUCAACAAACAUUAUGGACAGUAGUACCAAUGUGCUCUGGAGCAAUCAGACUCAAAUCACUCGGAUAUGUAUUUGGCGGAGAUGUUUUGAGGCUUUUCCAUGGUCACAUGGAUGAAUGCCUGACGAUACCACCAUCUGGAAGUGAAAAUGAACACACUGCUGUGAUGUUUGAAACUGGAGCAGUUUGCAGUCAUGCCAGGUCCUUGUGGAGACUGGAACAUAUCAGGACAAAGUGGGCCGGAGGAUUCUUGGGCUGGGGUUCACAGUGCCGUAUCCGUCACAUCACAUCUGGGAGGUAUUUGGCUAUCCACAGUGACAACCAGGUGGUUACAGUCCAUAGAAAUGACGCCACAGAAGAGCUGACCACUUUUCUUCUUUUGAUGACUAAAGACGAGAAGAAGCAAAGUGAAGGCCGAGAGGAUGAGGGUAUGGGAAAAGCAGAUAUCAAAUAUGGCGACUCAAUGACCUUUAUCCAGCACAGCGCAUCUGGUCUCUGGUUAUCAUACAUGACCUAUGAGACCAAGAAGAGAGGAAUUGGAAGAGUCGAAGAGAAAAAGGCCGUGCUGUUACAAGAAGGACACAUGGAUGAUGCUUUCACAUUGAGCAGAGCCCAAGAAGAAGAGUCUCGGUCUGCUAGAGUUAUCAGGAAAUGUCAGUCCCUCUUCCAUAGAUUCAACAAGGCAUUGGACUCCCUUAAGACUGAAGGAAGAACAAGUAAUGCCUGGGCCAGAAUUACUCUGGAAGAGGUCCUGAAAAGUCUAGAGGAUCUAAUCGAGUAUUUUGCUCAACCUGGGGAGGAUGAAGAGCAUGAAGAACGACAAAGCAAACUAAAGGCUUUGAGGAAUCGACAAGAUUUAUUCCAAGAAGAGGGUAUGAUUGCUCUAGUUCUGGAAACAAUCGACAAGUUUAUUCAAUACAAAAGCCGAAGGCAUUUUGCUCACUAUGCUGGAGAGGAAGCAGCAGAAAAAUGGGACGACAUUUCAAGUUAUCUAUACUUGUUACUUGCUGCUAUGAUUCGUGGAAACCGAGCAAAUUGUGCCCAGUUUGCCCAGUCUUACAGGUUAGAUUGGUUAGUAAGCAGACUAGAGAGUCAACAGUCAUCAACUGGGGUUCUGGAUGUCCUUCAUUGUGUAUUAAUUGACAGUCCUGAGGCACUCAACAUGAUCAAGGAAAAACACAUUGUCACUAUCAUCUCUCUCAUUGACAAACAUGGACGUGACCAUAAGGUCCUUGACGUAUUAAAAUCUCUGUGUGUUGGUAAUGGUAUCGCUGUUCGAACGAACCAGAAUUUGAUCUGUGAUAAUUUGCUUCCAGGAAGAGAUCUUCUCUUACAAACAAAGCUGGUAGAUCAUGUGACCAGCAUGAAACCCAACAUUUACGUUGGUUUGCUUGAUGGCUCCGCCAUGUACAGAAAAUGGUAUUUUGAAGUUGUGAUAGCAUUUAUUGAACAGUGCACUCACCAGACUCCCGUGCUGAGAAUUGGUUGGGGAAAUACAGAAGGUUUCAUUCCUUAUCCUGGAGGCGGAGAACACUGGGGUGCGAAUGGAGUGGGGGAUGACCUAUAUUCUUAUGCAUUUGAUGGCGUCAACUUAUGGACAGGUGGUAGAAGUAAACAGGUACGUCAUCAGAGCCAAGUACUUGAGAAAGGGCACAUUAUUGGCUGUGCCUUGGACCUCACAGUACCCCAGAUCUCUUUCACUGUCAAUGGCAACAAAGUCCAUGGUGUCUUCAAAGAUUUCAACACCGAUGGGAUGUUUUUCCCAGUGGUCAGCAUGUCCGCAAGAGUUAGUGUCCGUUUCAUGCUGGGUGGAGAACAUGGUCGUUUAAAAUUCAGUCCACCUGAAGGACACUCACCUGUGUAUGAAAGUCUACUGCCCAGAGAGAAACUUAAAAUUGAGCCCUGUUUCUACUUUGGUGAACAGCACAAGAACAUAAUCAGUGGGCCAACAGAGAUUAUGGAUUUCAAUGCAUUUGUACCAAAUCCAGUUGACACCUCUCAUGUUCAACUCCCUGCUUACAUUGAAAAUGUACGUGAUAAAUUGGCAGAAAAUAUUCAUGAGUUAUGGUCAAUGAACAAAGUCGAUCAGGGAUGGACAUAUGGAGAAGUCCGAGAUGAUACCAGGAAAAAGCACCCUUGUCUUUGUACUUUCGAACAACUACCAAUUUCUGAAAAGAAAUAUGAUAUCACUUUGGCGUUUGAAACCUUAAGAACAUUGUUGGCACUUGGCUACCACAUCACCAUUCCGCAUAAGAAAGAAUCCAACCGACUAAAAAUGGUCAAACUUGGUUCCUACUACUUGCAAAGUAAUGGUUACAAGCCAUGUCCCCUGGAUUUGAAUACCAUAGUUUUGAAUGAAAAAAUGGAGGAGCUUGUUGAUCUCCUGGCUGAAAAUACACACAAUGUGUGGGCAAAAGAUCGAAUCAAACAAGGUUGGACCUAUGGACUUUGUGAGGAUAAUGUCAACAAACGAAGUCCGUACCUUGUUCCUUACAAUAAAGUUGAUGAGCACAUCAAAAAAGCCAACAGGGAUACAGCCAGUGAGACAGUGAAAACACUGAUGGCUUACGGUUACAACCUGGAACCUCCAACCAAUGAAGGAGGUGACAGUGGGUCACAAGCCUUGACUCUGAGUGCGGCUGAAAAGCAAAUAACAUCAAGAACUUACAGAGCUGAGUUAACAUAUGCAGUAACAUCUGGAAAAUGGUAUUAUGAAUUCGAGGUGAUCACUCCUGGCUAUAUGAGGUUGGGAUGGGCUAAAGCUUCCUUUGAUCCUGGGUGUGAAUUGGGAACUGAUGGCUCAUCCUAUGGUUUUGAUGGAUUCUUGGCAAGAAAAUGGUUCCAAGGUUCAGCACCAUAUGGAAAACGCUGGCAGGCUGGAGAUGUUAUAGGUUGCAUGUUGGACAUGAGUGAUAACAUCAUAACUUUCUCCCUAAAUGGUGAACUCAUGAUGGAUGCAUUGGGACAGGAGAUAGCAUUUCGGGAUAUCAAGACAGGUGAAGGUUAUGUGCCAGCUUUUACUCUGGGUGCUCAUCAACAAGCCAGAAUAAACUUUGGACAGGAUAUCAACAAGCUGAAGUACUUUACAUGUUAUGGUCUUCAGGAGGGUUACGAACCAUUCUGUGUAAAUAUGACUAGACAGAUGACACUCUGGUAUGCCAAAAAUCAACCUGUAUUUGAGCCAUUGACUUCAAAUCAUUCCCGUUUGGAAGCUGUGAGAAUUCCAGGAGGAACAAACAUCACUCCAGCUCUGAAAAUUUCCUCAAAGAAUUUUGGCACUCUAGAACAAGUCUGUUUGGAAUAUGUACGUCUCAGUUUGCCUGUCACUUGCAUGAGAGAAUUUGUAAGCAAGGAUAAAAGUUUCCAGUCAGAGUUGGAACGUAAAAUGAAUCUAGAAAACAUCCGACGCCAUGAAAUGGACAUUGAAGAGGAGAGAAAUGCUUACUCUGACAUACCUGGCCAAAAUUAUAGUGAUGCCAACAUCAGUGAUGCUUCUGUUGAAAAAGGUAGCAAAGUUAUUGCAGCAUUGCAUCGUGGAUUCACCGAUGAUGAGUCGGUGCUGGAUGCUGAUCAGAGGAGAACAUCUUUCCUGAGAAAUAAGGGUGCACAUCAUUCUCUGGAUGAAUCAACCGUGCACGAUCCAUCACUUCCAGGCAUGAAAUCAGCAGCCAGUGAAUCCCAGUUAGUUGAUGGGUUUCUGGGUGUAGAGACAGAAAGAAAGAAAUCUUCUUCCAAACUUUCUCUGUUAGCUGACAAGAUCAGUGAGUCAAAAACCACCAAAGCCAGCAAGACUUCAAAGUCUCCGUUUGCGACUCUCUUCCGACGAUCCAAAUCAAGAGAGCCAUCUCCCACUCCAAAAGAUGCCAAGUCCAAAACUCUCGACUCACUAAAACCUGGCAGACUUGGAGGAAGAUCUCAACGUUCAAACCGUUCGGCCACAAGCUCUCAGAAUAUAUCCCAGAAAGGUGGUGAUCUGGAAGGUGCCCCUGCCAUCAAUAUUGAAGGACCUGAUGGAAUUAUCCCAUAUGAAUUUCAAGAUAAGGACAUACACCAUGGAUUUAGCAAUGCAUCCAUGGGAUCUGACUACGAAAUGUCAGAGGCUGAAAUUGCAGAGAUGAAUGCCAUGACUGAAAGCAUGCAUGAAUAUUACUACUCUGUCCGUAUUUUCCCGGGUCAGGAUCCUAACCAAGUGUAUGUGGGUUGGGUAACUCCUGGCUUCCAUAUGGGAGGUGGGUCCUUUGAUAUGAAGAAAAUCAGAAACGUCAUCAUCUCUACUCAAGACACUGAAUACAAAUACAGGCAAAGUGUUAGCCGAAAGAAUUGCUACAUGGUGUGUGCCGGUGCUCUUCAACAACGUUAUGGUGGAACGCAUGAAGAAUCAAGCAAGAAAUCCUCCCCAGGCCUUGUAAUUGGAUGUUUCAUCGACACAGCUACGGGCAUUCUCAGUUUUAGUGUCAAUGGAAAAGAGGUGGCAAACAAAUACCAGGUGGAACCUGGAACAAAUUUAUUUCCCGCCGUUAUUUUCGAACCAACAAUCAAAGAAAUGUUCCAGUUUGAAUUAGGACGAACAAAGAAUACCUUGCCUUUGUCUGCCGCUCUGUUCCGUGGUCCUAAACACAUCCAGCCUGCAUGUCCCCCACGAUUAGAUUUACAAGUGAUGAAAUCAUCCUACUGGGCCAGAGUGCCAAAUACUUCCCUCAAAGCACACUCCAUAAAAAUGUCCGAAGUUAGAGGCUGGAGUUUAGUGUGUGAGGAACCAGUUUCGAUGAUGGCUGUCUAUAUCCCAGAAGAAGACAGCUGUCUGGAUAUCUUAGAGCUUAUAGAAUACCCUGCAUUACUCAAUUUCCAUGCCCGUACACUGGACCUUUAUCAAGCAGUUUGUUCCCAUGGCAAUCAUAGAGUUGCCCACGCCCUUACCAAACAUGUUGAUGAUAAACAAUUGUUUUAUUGUAUCGAAAGUGAAUAUAUGUCAGGCCCUCUAAGACAUGGCUUCCAUGAUUUGCUGAUUGCAAUGCAUAUGGAUUAUCAUGCAAAGGCCAGAAUGAUGACUCAAAAUGAAUAUAUCAUACCCCGGGAUGAUAAAACUAAAAACCUUUGCUUAUACCGAAAACCAAGCCCUGAUUCAACUACUUUUAAAAUUAAAUAUGCUAUCCCCAAAAUGGAAGAAAGUGUUUCAAUUCGCCCUUGCCUUUAUGUUACAGAAAAACAAAUUGAAGAUAGGGCUAAAACUAUCCCUAUUGAAUCUCUCUGUCCAUUUUACCCUAUGGACAAACUCAAAAAAUAUGUUAUCUACUCAUUGAAUGAAGCCGUUGUGAAAGGAGCAGCACAUAUCCGAGAUCCUAUCGGUGGCAGCAAUGAAAACCUUUUUGUACCUCUGUUAAAAGUCUGCGACAAUUUACUGGUGAUGGGUUUGUUGGAUGAUGAAGACCUUCUGAUUCUACUGAGUAUCAUUGAUCCAGCAUCAUUUGAUCCAAACAAUGACAGAGUUUCAGUCAAACAUGGUUUACUAAGUAUGCAGCUUGCAGAGGCUGUCAAAUUAGAGGUUUGCCGAAUUCUCCAACAUCUUUGUGAUUCCCAGUUAAGACAUCGAGUGGAAUCCAUUGUUGCAUUUUCUGAUGAAUUUGUUGGAAAUUGUCAAAAAGAUCAAUUAUGGCGUUAUAAUGCUAUCAAGCAGUCUGAUCUUCCUUCGGCUGUUACUGCCAAGAAGACUCGGGAAUUCAGAUGUCCUCCCCAAGAACAAAUGAAAAAUCUUCUGAAAUUUAAAUGCGAAGAAGAAUAUGAUGAGGACAUUUGUGCCUGCAGAGAAGAUCUGCGGGAUUCAUUACUGAACUUUCACAAGACACUUAUGCUUCACUGUGAAAUGCCAUCUCUUCAGCAGCCAGAAGAGGUUGCAGAGGUUGAUAUUGCUGAAGAGUCACCUAAAACGAUAAGGGAUCGUUUGAAAUCAUUGAUUUGGAGAGUCAAGAAAGAAGAAGAGGUGAAGGAGAAGCCUUCUGAUGAAGAACCGAAAACUGAUUCUCUUCAGAAACUAAUAGCACAGACUAUGGUUCGCUGGGGAGAAGAGACAUUCAUUUCAGAUCAGAAUCUAGUGAGAGAAAUGUUCAGCUUACUUCACAGACAGUAUGAUGGAGUUGCAGAGUUGCUACAAGCAUUAGAAAAGGCAUACGUCAUCAGUAGUGCAAGCAGGGAUGACAUUAACCAAUUACUUAAAGCUUUGGGACAUAUCCGCUCUUUGCUGUUGGUACAGGUGGCUGUUGAUGAAGAGGAGUCAAUGAAGACAAGCCUCAAAGAAUUAAUGGACAAUAAAGUGUUCUUCCAGCAUCCUGACUUGAUGCGGGCUUUGUGUGUCCAUGAGACUGUGAUGCAGCUCAUGGUGAACACACUAAACAAGUCUCAGCAGCAACAACAAGCUGCAGCGUCAGAGCAAUCUGCCGGAAAUAGACAGUCCAUUGCAGGAGCUCCCAACAUCGACACUGUGGCUCAACAGAGUAAACAAGAUGCUGCAGCAGAAAUGGUUGUGAUGUGUUGUCGCUUCUUGUGUUAUUUCUGUCGCAUCAGUCGCCAAAAUCAACGUGCAAUGUUUGAACAUCUCAGCUACCUUUUAGAAAAUAGCAGCAUGUUGCUCGCUCGUCCAUCUUUACGCGGCUCAUGCCCACUUGAUGUGGCCUAUUCCUCCCUAAUGGAUAACAACGAAUUGGCCCUUGCUUUGCGUGAGUCCAAUCUUGAAAGAAUCACCGUCUACCUAUCGCGUUGUGGUCUCCAGAGCAAUGCUGAAUUGCUGGAGAAAGGAUAUCCUGACAUUGGCUGGGAUCCAGUUGAAGGAGAAAGAUACCUGGAUUUCUUCAGAUUCUGUGUCUGGGUAAACGGUGAAAGUGUUGAGGAGAACGCUAAUCUAGUUGUGCGUCUUCUCAUCCGUCGACCCGAGUGUUUGGGCCCAGCAUUGCGAGGUGAGGGAGGUGGCUUACUGAAGGCCACUCGAGAUGGCAUAAAAAUGUCAGAACAAAUAGCAGCAUCCAAAGACACUAAUGCAUCCAACUUACUCACAGUCAUCAAUGAUGAUGAUGACACAGGUGGAGAAUAUCUGUUCCAAAGCAAAUAUGACUUCAGUACUUUACCUCCUGAUGAUGAUGAAGAUUACAUUGAUAUGGGAGGUGCCAUUCUGAACUUCUACUCAAGUCUAGUAGACUUACUGGGACGUUGUGCACCAGAUGCUGAAACAAUCAAAGCAGGGCGCAGUAAUUCACUCAGAGCUCGUGCCAUCCUUCGCAGUUUGGUAUCAAUGGAAGACCUAGAAGGGGUACUUGGACUACGCUUCAUCCUGCCAACUGGCUUUGGAACACUAGAAGAAGGUGUACCAGUUCCCUUGCCUCCUGGAUUACUCCCUGCUCACAAAGCAGCCAUUGUGCUGUUUUUGGAAAGAGUUUAUGGAAUCCCAGACCGUAAUGUCUUCUUCAAGCUACUGGAAGACGGUUUCUUGCCUGAUCUAAGAGCUGCCACUACACUGGAUGAGGUAUCUACCGCUGAAAGUGAUAUGGCUUUAGCCUUGAAUCGUUACCUCUGCAGCUCCGUCCUACCCCUGAUGACAUCUCACUGCAGCUUCUUCAGGGAUGCUGACCACGUGUCAGCUUUGUUGGAUAAUACACUGAAUACUGUAUAUAGAUAUACCAAGUGCCGUUCUUUGACGAAGGGACAAAGGGAUGUUGUAUGUGAUUUCCUUGUGGCUUUCACACGUGUUCUUUUUCCUCGUUUAUCCAAAGUGUUCUUUUUCCUCGUUUAUCCAAAGUGUUCUUUUUCCUCGUUUAUCCAAAGUGUUCUUUUUCCUCGUUUAUCCAAAGUGUUCUCUUUCCUCGUUUAUCCAAAGUGUUCUUUUUCCUCGUUUAUCUUUUGUCUUCAGCUAUCUAGAUUGUUUUUCUUCUCUUCUUAA